AUGGAGGAGGACAAGAAGCCCGAGAGGCCUACAAGCACACACAGCUCCGACAAGGAAGGAGACAGCUUCGAAGAUGCAUCCGAGAUUACCCCUCGCCCCGAACCACACCCUGAGCGCUCACAAUCACGAUCACGGUCGCUUAUAAGCAAACGCGAAUCUACCGACACCGCAGCAGAGGAGCCCAAAGUCGACUCCCCCGCGCCUGAAGAGCCGGAAGUGGCUACCCAGGCCAAUGACGAAGCAGAGCAGUCCAAGGGCGAAGUCGAAGUCGUCCAGACAUCUACCGAAGACGCACCACCCGCCAAGUCACCCUUACUCACGGCACACAGAAUAUCGGUGACCUCAGACAUGGACGAUGUUUCGUUGGAAGAAGACGGCAGCAAAGCCCCAGACCUACUGCCAACACUGCCACCACGCGACUCGCGAGACUCGACAGCAUCCGCGAGCAGCCUGCAGGGCCUUUCUGGCCAAAUGCCGCCCGUCAAAUUCCCCCCACCACCGCCUCCACCCGUCAUCCAAGAGAAGCCUGCCCCACCGCCUGCAGUAACGAGGAAGCUCACGAGUCCGUUCACUUGGCUGUCACGGAACAGCUCGAGCAAGAAGCCGGGGUCUCCGCCUUUGCCUCUUGCGGACCGUCGCAACACCAACGCUUCGAUUCAAUCUCUGGGCAGCAAUCCAGAGCUCAUCUUGAGCAGGAUUGACGACGAAGAUGGCCAGAAGGGCAACAAUCGAACGAGUCAGGGGAACCUGCGCGAUCGUUUCAAGGCUCUGAGGAUGAGGGAGGAGGCUGGAAUCACUAUGAACGACGAGACAAAUUGCGAGGGGGGUCUUGGGAUACGAAGCCCAGGGAGUGCAGCUGAAAAGGAGGCUGUGACAAGUCCAGGUCCAGGAGGUUUGGCUAGACAGCCGACUGUCAAUCCCGCGCUGGCGCCAGGUACUGCAGCUGGCUUUGCAACAGGUCCAUCAGCUGAGGAGGCGGAGCCAGUUGACUGGGAUUUGUGGCAGUCGGUAGUGAAUGAGGGUCCUACCGUGAUUGCGCAAACCAGUCCGGAGGAACUCAAUCGCGCUGUUGCAAACGGCAUUCCGCAGAUCAUCCGUGGCGUCAUUUGGCAGGUCCUGGCGCAAAGCAAAAACGAAGCGCUUGAGCAGCAAUACAGGGAGCUUGUUGCUCGAGGAACCGACAAGGAACACAUGUCUGUCCAGGGCCACACGCACACAAACGGAAAUGGCAAAGAGCGGGAGUCUGUUGCAUCAUCUUCAUCCUCGAUCCACUCGGAUUAUUCCACACCAGCUACAACCACAGGAAGCACCAAUGCCCCUCUAGCAUCGCCCUCCAUCAUUUCAGAAACUUCUGAAGAUCCCACCAAGCACCAGGCCAGAUUGGCUGCUGAGAAGAAGGACAAGACUGCAGCAAUCAACAAGUUGGAGAAGACGAUCAAGCGUGAUCUUGGCGCCCGGACGAGUUACUCAAAAUACCUCAUGGCGGCUGGCCUGCAGGACGGUCUAUUCGGCAUCUGCAAAGCGUACGCACUCUACGAUGAAGCGGUAGGCUACGCUCAGGGCAUGAAUUUCAUCGCCAUGCCGCUGCUCUUCAACAUGCCAGAAGAAGAAGCCUUCAGUCUGUUCGUCACCUUGAUGAACAAGUACGGUCUGCGAGACCUGUUCGUCGCAGACAUGGCUGGACUACAUCUUCAUUUGCAUCAGUUCGAGCGGCUGCUAGAGGAGUUUGAGCCUGCUCUGUACUGUCAUCUGCGUCGCCGAGAGGUCAAGCCGCAGCUUUACGCCACCCAGUGGUUCCUUACUCUCUUCGCCUACCGUUUCCCCUUGCAGCUCGUCGUCCGCAUCUACGACUUGAUUCUCUCUGAUGGUCUCGAAGCAGCGAUUCUAAAGUUUGGCUUGGUUCUGAUGCAGAAGAACGCCGAGACAUUGCUCGCCAUGAAGGACAUGUCAACAUUGACAAACUUCCUGAAAGAGAAGCUAUUCGACGUUUACAUUGACAAGGCCCCUUCGGCCAACUCCAUUCUUGAGAAUGGUUUCUUUGGCUCAACUAGUGGUGUCGAUAGGGAGAUUUACCGUGCAGAUCAGCUCGUUAAGGACGCAGUGGCUGUCAAUAUUUCACCUGAAAUGCUGAAGGAAUACACUGCAGAAUGGAAGGAGCAACAACGGGUAGAGAAGGAACGCGAGACUGAGCUUCAAGGUUUGAAGGAGAAGACAGCCACAUUGGAAACCAAAGUCAGGUCUCUGGAGAAUCGUGCCGAGCAGUCUGAUAGGGAGCACGUAGAGAUGGCAUCCGAGCUUAUCAAGACCAAGGUUGAAAAUGAGCAACUCGCCGAGGAAAAUGAGACGCUGAAGACGAAGGUCGAAGAGCUGCAGAAGAUUGUAGAUACGCAGCCUGAAGAAGUCGAGAAAAGGCUCAAGAACGAGAUGGAGACGGUCAUGCAGAAGAACAUUGUGGUUCACAAUGAGAACAGAGCUUUGGAAGAGCAGAUGGCUGAGAUGGAGCAGGAGCUGGUGGAUACCAAGAUGAAGUGGGCGACAAUCAACGAGGAACACGAGACCCUUAAGCAGAAGUGGAACAACAUCUCCCAGAUGAUGAGGUAA